UUCAGCAGGUUUAUUAGGUCAAUUCCAUACGGUCGUGUAGAUCGGAUUAAGUAUGUCGGAAUCCGAGAAUGAUUGGCUGAAUAAUCUUAUUCGGAAAUCUGCUGAAGUACGAGAAAACGCUCACUGUCCAUACAGUAAGUUUCGAGUGGGUGCCGCUCUGUUGAGUGACGAUGGCACUGUAUAUACAGGAUGCAACGUAGAAAACGCUUGCUACCCAGUUGGAGUAUGUGCAGAACGAACAGCCAUAUGUAAGGCUGUUUCCGAAGGACAUAAAAAAUUUAAAGCCAUAGCUGUAAUAACAGAUCGCGAAGAAACAGUGACACCCUGCGGCUUAUGUAGACAAUCGUUGAGGGAGUUUCAAAUAAAAAGCAUUUAUUGCGCAAAGGCAACACCGGUGAAUGGAAAAUACGAAUAUCGCCUAUUUACAUUGGAAGAAUUAUUACCACAUUCUUUUGGCCCAGAGUAUUUAUUGUAGAUUUAUUUGUCGUUGUAGCAUUUUGUGGGGUUGGAUGGCGAACUAUUGAGAGUGUUUUAUAUAUAUUUUAACGACACCGAAUUCCCAGUCACCUGGUACGAGGUGUUGAAAUACUGUGACAUCACACACGGUGUUCAAUUUUACAACAUGGUUUGAAAUACACAAUUGUAUCCGAUAUUUUAUUUUUGAAAAAUUUAUGAGAAGGUCAUGAAAGGUAUGAUGAAUACCCCGUUUUAAGACUUCCCGACCUUUCACAUAACUUUAUUAUUUCCUUUCUGAGCUUAAGUAUAUUCUACUAUUAGAGUUUAAAUAUAUUGUGCAAGGAGAUCAUUCAA